UAUAAGAGCAAUAGUGGCCCAACUGCAGUCUACCCCGAGAGCCCGUGUUCUAACUUCAAUGAUGGUGGAAAGGGCUGUCACGACAGUUGCGUCGACGCACUUCUCUUAACGCUGAUGAUAUCAGCUGUGUCGAUGGCUGCGCAAACGAGUCACUUAAAAAUGGGCAAAAUGAACUUAUCUGAGUGUGACACUGGUCAUCUUGCUGCCUUUGCUACAUCUGUGUGGCCAUGCAGCAAAUACGGCUUUGGAACAAGGUCAGAACUGAGUCAUCCAUUUCCCAGGAGAAUUACUAAGAUGAGACAUGAAAAGUUU